AAAAUGGUGUUAUUUUACGGGGAAGAAGGUGAAUAUGGAAGGUUAUAAUUCUUUUUUUUUUUUUUUUUUAAUUAUGGGUCCCUGAUUUUUGGGGGUCCUGUUCUGUCCUUCUGUGUGUGAGAAAAAACAUGUCUAAAGACUAGCUUGCCAAUUAGUUCAGUUCUGUUCAGUUUAACUCCAAUCAGUUCAGUUCAUUUCAAUUCAGUUCAACUCAGUUCAGUAAAUAUGAACCGACUCUAAACACUAGUUUUAUAUUUGGUUGUUUUGUGUUUUCUUGUAUAAGUUUUGUAUAGUUGAUUUCGUUGAAUGAUUUUAUUGUUUUCUUGUAAAAAACAAUAAAAAUGUGGCCAAAAAUCAAGUAGUUUAAUAGCAUUGGGUGGUUUCCAUUUUCCAAUCUACCAUACCUAACUUAUGCAGUAGAUUUACAUUUGGACAUUAUAUGCAAUCUCUGUGCUCGAACACUCUAUCCUGUAAAAUCAAUUAAUUUGUUGAUAAAUAGCAGCAACCAACUUCCAACGGCCCAAAUAAACACCAUGUAGAAGGCUGAAGGCCCAUAUAUUAUCACAGAAUUUAAUUACACCAUCUGCAGCAACAAUCAAUUCCAAUUAUGUUGCCGGCACUUACUACUUGCACGGCCGUGAAUGUGCCGCUGACACCGCCUAAGGCUGCUCGCCUCCAAAAUCUCCGCUCAAUUCCGCCGCGCUUUCCAUCUAUUUCUCAGCCAUUGGAGUUCAAUUGUCGACGGCAUAAUCAGCGCGCAAUUCCUCUUGCAUGUGCUACCAAUGCGCCUGCGAUUGAUGUCGGAAAUGGCAAAGGAGCAGUUGAGUUUUUUGAGAUUGAGAUGAAAGUACGUGACUAUGAAUUGGAUCAAUUUGGUGUUGUUAACAAUGCUAGGUAUGCGAAUUAUAUCGAACAUGCACGUCAUGAGCUUUUGGAAAGUAUUGGUCUGAGUGCUAGUGCUGUUGCUCACAGUGGUGAUUCACUUGCAUUGUCAGAAUUGACUCUCAAAUUUACCGCGCCUCUUAGGAGUGGAGACAAAUUUGUUGUGAAAGUGAGGGUCUCAGACUACUCUGCUGUUCGCUUCUUCUUUGAGCAUUACAUUUAUAAGUUACCAAAUCAAGAGCCUAUCCUUGAAGCUAAGGGAACUGCAGUCUGGCUUAACAAAAAUUUUCGCCCAAUCCGUAUUCCUCCCGAAUCGAGAGCCAAGUUCCUUAAUUAUAUGAAAAAUGGGGUCCCAGCUUGACUGUACAAACUCUCCUGUUUCCUUUUUAUUUAUUAGCUUUUUCUUAUUUUUUAUUUUUGGGAAGAGCCUCAAGUGCAAUACAAAUUACGAAUGGGGAAGGGGUUUGAAUUACUGUUUCCAUUGAGUACGACCUUUUGUUCAGUAAAGUGUUGGUAUUAUUGUGUCAAUUAUUUGUAUUCUAGAAUAAUUCUCCUGUAUCCUUAUUACAUAAUUAUGAAGUAACAAAUUUUGAGCAGUUAAACUUUGUCUAUCAAUUCCUUUGCAUGUACACCAUGUCUAUUACUCUUUAGCAGGCAUUCACCCCAGAUA